ACCAUCGCGACCGCGACACGGCCAUGACCGCGACCGCAACCACCUCCUAUCGAAUUCGCAUGCAGCCGUACAAUUGCAGAUGCUUGGGUGCAGAUGGAUAGAUAGAGUGGCAGCAGAUAUAUUGGCUACGUAGAGUAUAGCAUGUAGGUAGGUGGAACAGAUAUUAUUGAACGGUAGCUAUGGUCACCUUCCAACGUCGUCAUCGCCACCACGCGUUGGUGGAGAGGAGGAGGAGGUGCUCGCGAUGCGCAGGGUUCGAUUUCCUUGGGAGGGGGGAGGGGGCGGGCCACCUUGCAGUAACCGCAGACGUGGUUUAUUCGAUUGGCGGCGGGUGGGGGAUGGUCGUGGUGGUGGGAACAUGUGCGUGUGGGAUGUGGCAGCCGGAAGGAAGCAAAGGAUGGAAUGGCGAGGCGAGGCAGGCCUGCGUGGGGAUAUCUGCUCCUGUGAUUCGUCUUUCCAUCCGACCACCACCAGCCCGGACGGGCUGUCGAACUGGGGGCCGAGGGGGAGGGGGUGGAGUGGCAGCGCAUGGCAUGGGGAGGGGGGAUGGGUGGAUGGAUGGCCAUGGCUGGAACGAACGAACCUCCUCAGCGCAUAGCAUGGCAUGGGUGGUCAUGGCUGGAGCGAACGUCCUCAACGCGGUGCUCGUGCGGGUGAGGAGGGGAUCCGGAGCCGGCGAGAGCAUGGCAAGCCGGAAUCAGGGCGCAGCAGCCGCACUGCCGAGUCGAUACCUACGGAGGGUAAGUAUGGCUCUCUCGAGGCGGAAAGGGAGGCGCAACGGAGGGAACGAGCGAACGAACGAACGGGGAGACCAACGGAUGCGCGUCGAGCAGGGCGCGCGUGGAGUGCUUUGUGGAGUGAAGCUGUGGUGGGUGGAGUGAAGUGAAGUGUUGGUGCUGGUGCUGGUGCGAGUGUUCGUGCUGAUGCUGGUGCUUCUAGGUUGUUGUGAUUG